UCAUUGGAUUUCGAAAUGAGCGGAUCAGAUUCGACCAUCGGAUCAGAUUCAACCAUCGGAACUGAUUCGAACAUCGGGCCAGAUUCGACCAUCAGACCAGUUUCAACCAUUGGACCAGUUUUGACCAUCGAACCAGCAUCGACCAUCGGGCCAGAUUCAACCAUCCGACCUGUUUCAACCAUCGGAACAGAUUCGACCAUCAAACCAGCAUCGACCAUCGAAGAUCGAGCACCGACCCCACCGCACUCACUGACGACUACAAAAAGGCAAGCGUCUUCUCCGCCUCACCCACUGCCGGCAAUGAAACGGCGUGCGCCGUCCCCGCCGCACCAGCUGCCGGCAACUGAACAGAAGGCGCCUUCACCGCCGCACCAACUGCCGGCAACAAAACGACGUUCGCCGUCCCCGCCGCACCAGCUGCCAUCCCCGCCGCACCAACUGCCAUCCCCGCAGUUCCUACUGCCAUCCCCGCCGAAACAGCUGCUGGCAACUGAACAGCAGGCGCCUUCCACGCCGUUCCAACUGCCAUCCCCGCCGUUCCUACUGCCAUCCCCGCCAAAACAGCUGCUGGCAACUGAACAGCAGGCGCCUUCCACGCCGUUCCAACUGCCAUCCCCGCCGUUCCAACUGCCAUCCCCGCCACACGAGCUUCUUGCAACUAAACGGCGUGCCCCGUCACCGCCGUUCCAACUGCCGUCCCCACCGCACCAGCUGCCGGUAACUAAACAGCAGGCGCCUUCCCCGCCGCUCCAACUGCCGGCUACAAAACGGCGUGCGCUGUCCCCGCCGCUUCAACUGCCGUCCCCGCCGCACCAACUGCCGGCCACAAAACGGCGUGUGCCGUCUCCGCUGCCGGCAACUAAACAGCAGGCGCCUUCUCCGCCGUUCCAACUGCCGUCCCCACCGCACCAGCUGCCGGCAACUAAACAGCAGGCGCCUUCCCCGCCGCUCCAACUGCCGGCUACAAAACGGCGUGCGCUGUCCCCGCCGCUUCAACUGCCGUCCCCGCCGCACCAACUGCCUGCCACAAAACGGCGUGCGCCGUCCCCGCUCCCGGCAACUAAACAGCAGGCGCCUUCUCCGCCGCUUCAACUGCCAUCCCCGCCGCACCAGCUUCCGGCAACUAAACAGCAGGCGCCUUCCCCGCCGCUCCAACUGCCGGCCACAAAACGGCGUGCGUCGUCCCCGCCGCACCAGCUUCCGGCAACUAAACAGCAGGCGCCUUCCCCGCCGCUCCAUCUGCCGGCUACAAAAUGGUGCUCGCCGACUAACCAACGCGGGGCGGAAACCCCCCCAGACCGGUCGCCGACCAACCAAAGCAGGCCGCAAACCCCUCCAGACCAAUCGCCGACACCGCCACGCCAGCCGCCUCCGGCCGAAAAAUAAUUCGACACAUCUGGAAGAGUUUAUUCAAAAUUUCACAAACAUUUUGUUUGAAAGCAGAAGCUUAAAAUUUUGACUUUAAUUAAUAAUUCAUUACUCAGUUCAAAGUAGGUAAGUCAUUUAAUAAAUGGAUUAUUGUAGAUUUUUUCAAGUUCAAGUAUUCGAUUAAGACAUUUUUCUACUUUUUGAAGUUCAACUUAAAAUUACCAAAUUUGUUAGACAACUCAGCAUUUUCAUGUAUCAAUUUUAUUGAAGUCAAUAUAAUUUAUUAUCAUUUCAAAUUUUGUUCUCAAUCAACAACCCCUCGUUUACGACCUAGAGAUAAAGAGUCAUUCUAGUAUUAAAUUCUAUAUUUCCCUGCAUUUAUUUGCAUAGCUUAAAAGUGUU